AUGCCUGUGGAAGGCACAGACCAGGAAGCCGAGUGGAGACCCAGGAUGUUGGAGGAGCUCUCAGCCAGAACACAAGAUGAGAGCUUCAGUCCUAUAGACGAGCAGGAUAUGGAGAGGUUGAGUGGGUGUGUGAAGGACACACAGGAGUGGACAGCAAAUAGGAAGGCAGCCCAGAAGAGACUCCGCCCUCAUCAGGACCCUGCUGUCCGCAGUGAUGACAUUAGAUCCAGACAGGUGAGAGGAGAUUACCUUGGUUUUAUGGCAAUAUCACUCUGAUCCUUAUACAUUUACAUUUAAGUCA